AUGAGUAUAACGGCGUGUGAAAAGAAAUUACUGGAUGCGAUACCAAGCCAAUCGCCGCCACCUCAAUCAACAAGAAACAGCUUACCAAGGCGCGGCAGCAAUGAGGAAAAUCGCCGACCGGAGAAUGAUGACGAUGGUUUCACUCGGGUCGCUCGACAGCUUGCAAAUGAUAAAGACCCUUCAACCUUCCCGUUUGACGAUGAUGACGAUGUAAUUUUUCUUGGUGGACCGGAAGAACCAGAAAAUGCCGGGCCGAUCUUCGUGAGAAUUGACGCGAAUGAGGAUGAGAACGAUGUGGUUUGGAUCGAUUCAUCGAAGGGGCAAAAGAAUGACAAAAGACAGCUGAAAAAAGAUGAAAUGGUAAAGGAAUCUCAAGGAUCUUCUAGCGCAUCAUCAACUCUAAGCGCACGCAUCGGACGUCCUCGUGGUCGACCUAGAAAGGAAAAGAUUCCUGAGAAUAAAGUCCCAAAGAAGCGCGGUCGGCCGAGGAAACAACUUGAACCAGUGAACAUGGAAGCGCUCGACUUGACACUCGCGCAGCCAACAUAUGAGGGACGACCGUUGCGCAAAAGGGCAUGGCAGGAUUUGAGUGUAAUCGACUUGUUUUCAUCAUCUGACGAGGAGGUUAAGAGACCUAAAGCUUCAACCAGUCGCAUCUCGACCCCGAGGAACGUAGACAAGAAUGAUGGAAAGAAUUUGCAAUCAGGAGGAAGAGGGAAGAAAGAAAUGGAAACGUCAUUAGGCGCUCUCACGCCCAGAACAAGCAUGAAGCCAAGAAAACGCGUUUAUGAAGACUUGGCGUUGCCAGAAUACGACUGGAGGCUUCCCCGAGAAGAUUUGUACGAGGAUAAAGAUGUUCCAUUACCAUUGAACUUACGCGACUUUCAACCCACACCUCGGGUCCUGCCGAAAUUCAAAGCAAAAACAACAGAUUCGUAUUUUCUGGAACUCGACGCCUAUGAGGAACAAAAAGAAAAAGAAAAGAGGAUUGAACAACGACGCAGACAAGCAAACAAGAUUCAAAGCCAUGUUCGUCUUCGCAAUUCGCGGCAGCAGCUUCAAGACUUUCCGGAUCCAUUGUUCCUAUCACCGCUUGAGGACCGAGCGGCUCAUAUGCGUGCUGAAAUGGAGUCGUUGAUCGGUCGUUUCGGUGGCUUGUGUGAUGAGGCGCGCGAUCUGAUAACGGAUUUAAAUAAAGACGUAGUGCUGAAGGCGGUCGAUCAAAUGAUGCACAAAGACUACAGCGAUUCGCUG